AACUGCUAGGUUGGCAGAAGCUGGGGCUAACAGCGGGAGCUCACCCCACUCCUUGGAUUCGAACUGCUGACCUUUUGGUCAGCAAGUUUAGCAGCUCAGUGGUUUAACCCACUGUGCCACUGGGGGCUCGUAUAAGGUGUAUAUGAAAUAGAAAAUGAAUUUCUUCUUUUAACUUAGGUCCCAUCUCCUAGUUAUCUCAUUAUGAACAUAUAUAUGCAAAUACAAGUAUUCCAAACUCUGGAAAAAAAACAAGUCACAAAUAUUUCUAAUUCUACGAGUAAGAAUCUAGAUACUCAACCUAUAUACUAUUUACCCUUUCCCACACUCAGUAAAAGAUAUUUAAACCUGUAAAGCAGAGGUUGGAAAUGUUACAUUUUGAACUUCGGCUCCCAGAAUCCCCAAGCCAGAAGGUGUAGUACAACAAAUAACUUUUCACACUGCUGGGAAAAUACUGCAGCUUUUGGUAGGCUGUUGAGCCAAUGAGCAAAAUGCAGCUUUGCCUACCAAACUGAAAUGGUUGUCAUGGGUAACACAUGUGAAAAUAAGAAAUGUUUGUAAAAUGGUUUUCCCAUUUGCCUUUCUUAUUUAGAAAUGUGCUCCUCACCUCCUGGAGGCCUCGCUUGUGCUUCUAGUGAUUUAUGUGUUUGUGGGGAAAGGCCUUUUUAUUGGUCCCACUUUUGUAAACUGAUCUGGAAUCCUCUGGUGCAGUUAAGAUAUAUUUUGAAAAAAUAAAGAUAAACAGUAAGUCAGAGCAAUUAAAAACUGUAUCAUCAUUUCCAAGCCCAGGCAGGGAACCAGAUUUCCAGCAGCCGAGACAUUUUAAAGCUUAUCUUAAGGACAGAAAUGUGGCCAGAGAGUACCCAGUUUGUCUUGUUGUGAGUUCUGCCUGUUUCAUCUAUUUGCCAGUCACCCACCAGAGACACCUGGGAAUGGAUUCAUACUAGAAAGAUCCAAAACAUGCCCAUAUUUUUUAGGCUUACUUAUACUAAAGGUGAUAUUUUAACCUUCCCUGGAGGCAGUGUUAUUCAAGAAUGAAUUUAAAUAUCUGGUUUGCAUUCAUUACAAACCCAUUUGAAAUGGGCUGGCUCAGACCUGGGCAGGACUGGUCUGAAGGUGUUGCUGACUUUCAUCCUCUUGCAGCCUCCAGCACACCUCUUUGCAGCACACCUCUAUGAGGGUUGUUGCCUGGUUCAGGGAUAGGUGAAGGACUCCCCAGCCUUUCUGGGCUCUCUUCUCCUUAACCCUCUUGCACCCCAGUUUGCAGUGCAAUUACCCCUUGUAUGAAUUAGUUUGCUUAGAAGUCAGCUUGGUUUUGAUUCCCAUUUCUUGGGGCUGAGGAAGCCAAUGGCUGAAAAUAAAACCUUCCGCUAUGGACUCAUCGUCUUGGGCUUCUUCCUGGUGAUGAUCGGCAUGUUCAUCAUGAGCGUGGAAAAGCCUCAGAUCUACAUCACCUUCUGCACUUUGGGGGUCCUGACCAUAUUAAUCGGAGUUGUUUGGAGUAUGUGCCAGUGUUACCCAAAGGUCCAAAUUGUAUCUGCUUACUCAGAGUCAGAGAAGUUCCUUAUUAAAAAGCCUGGUGUUUUAUGUAUGAAAAAUGAGAUUCCUGAGAAGAGCAGUUCACAGACACCUUAUACCAGCCUGAAAGAAUCUGAGGCCUAUGAGAAAAGCUUGCCAUCAUAUGAACAGGUCCAGAAAACUGUAGCCGGCUCUGAAGAGCACUUGGGAGUCUUGCCUGUCCCAGUCCCACAGAUCAGGACAGGAGCAGGUGUCCAGCCUCUUGUCCAGGCCAAAGCAGAGGUCCACAGGAAUUCUGAGAAUGAUCGAGGUACAUAUAAGUAUCCAGAAUCCCAGAAGGGAGCAACAAAGCUGCACUCCCAAUCAAAGAUGUCCAAAAGCCAAGCACCACUAGCUUCUCUCCAAGAAGAAAUGGAUGCCUCUUCAAUGGAAUCUGCUUCUAAUAGCCCAUUUUUACAGAGGUGGAAAAGUGCCCCAAAUACGGUGUUUCCAACAGAAAACCAGCUUAGAUAUCAACUUCCAUGUUAUGAAGAUUUUGCCUUGAUUGAUUCUGUGACAACAGAAGGUGAAGGUUGGAAUAAUGGUGAGAUGAUACCACCAAACCCAAGCCACUGCUCUGUCCAAGUCACAGAAGGAGAUGGUAUAUCAACUAAGGCAGUGCCUGGGCUAUUGGAGCACAGAGUCAUGCAGAAAGGGGCAGAGGAUGACAUGUACUAUGGGAUAAAGGAGGGUCCAGAAGAUGUCCUUGUAUCUGUGGAUGCUGCUCUUGAAUGGAAAGAAAUGAAGAAUUAAAAGGUCAGAGGGGAUGAGGUAAAUAAAACUCCUAAGGGGGGGAACAACAUUUUUCACAGAAGUCCAAAUCUAGAGGCGACUGAUGGGAAGAGACAGCUCACCUAAUCAAGUAAAUGAAGGAAACUGAAUUUCAAGACAGAAUAAACCCAGAGGAUCAGUAUUUUGUUUUUUGAAGAUUUCAAAGGAUGGUAAUAAUAAAUAAUUAAAUAGAACCAACUAAUAAAAAAGAAUAUAUAAAAAGAAAGGUAUGUGGGGAGAUGAACUUCUUCACAAUCCAAGGACAACAUAUUAUGCAAGCAAAAAUACAAUUAAUAGCAUGUCUGCAUAUCGCCAAGUCCCACUACCAUAUAUGGGAAGCUUACAGAAGUUCAGCAAACCUCCUGGUUCUUUGACUACAAAAAUGGAGUGUUGCCACUCAAACCAACAGUGUAUUGUUUGGGCUCCUACGUUAUGGAUAUGCCUAGCCAUCUCCCAUUUUUGUGUUUUUAAUCAGAGCCAAAGUGCUAUCUCUUUUUUUACAGGAAUAUACUAUAGCUCAGGUUACACAGCAGAAAUUUUUGAACUUCAACUUCCAUAAUUUCUCACCAUUGAAUAUAGAGGGCUAAGAGUCAUUGAGGUCAAAGCAUCUGGAAGAUAAUAGUUGCAUACAACAUUGUUCAUGUUGGCAAGGAAAGAUGGCUGAAAACUCCUCCUCUAGAUGAGAAGGUUCACGCUUCACUGAAUUAAAUGACGUUGAUAAGUGUAAAAAAUAAAUUUCUGUUUAAUCAAUUAAUGCUUUUACAAAGAGGCCCAUCCCAUUUAUUUAAGCAAUAUUUCUCAGGGUAUCAUGUUAUUGUAUGAUUGUGACAUUUGGACAAGAGAAUGCUAACGGAGUAAGAUUUACAGGUGAAGGCCCUUACUGCAAUAUGUGGCGGGCAGUGGACACUGUGUGAACAGAAUACUAAACUAUGUAGCUAUUUGGUUUAACUCAGCUUAACUCUUAAAUAUAUAAUAGUCAACUCAAUCAA